AUGAGAGUCAAAAAACCAACUUCAAAAAGGGUAACAACCCGUAUGAGAGAAGGUAUAAAGAAAAAGGCAGCAGCUAAGAGAAGAAAAGAUAAAAAAAUAGCUAAAAAAGAUGUAACUUGGAAAUCUAGACAUAGAAAAGAUCCAGGUAUUCCAGCUAGUUUCCCAUAUAAAGAUCAAAUCAUAACAGAAUUAGAAGAAACAAGAAGAUUGGAUAAAGAAAGAAAAGAAGAAUUGAAGUUACAAAAACAAAGAGAAAAAGAAGAAGCAUUAGCAAGAGGAGAAGAUGUAGAUAUUGAGAUUGAAGAAGAUGAAGAAUUAGAAGAAGGAGAUGAUGGAGCAAAUGGAUUAGCAGCAUUAUUAGAGUCCGCACAACAAGCAGCGAAAAACUACGAUGGGGAAGAUGACGAAGAUGAUGAUGAAAUGAUAGACGAAGAUGAAGAUGUAGAAAUUGAAAUAAGUGAUGUUGAAGAUGAAGAAGACACAGGAGAUUUAGAAAAAUCAAGAAAAUCAUAUGAUAAAAUUUUCAAAAGUGUCGUUGAUGCAUCGGAUGUUAUACUUUACGUAUUGGACGCAAGAGAUCCAGAAUUUACAAGGUCGAAAAAAGUCGAACAAGCAGUAUUACAAAAUCCAGGUAAAAGACUUAUAUUGAUAUUAAAUAAAGUUGAUUUAAUACCCACUGAAGCAUUAACUCAAUGGCUUAAUUUUUUAAAAUCAUCCUUCCCAACUAUACCUGUUAAAGCGUCACCAGGUGCAACAAAUUCUUCAUCUUUCAAUAAAAAUUUAACAGGUGCUGCAACUGCUGAAGCAUUGUUAAAAGCAUUAAAAAGUUAUGCAAACAAAUCAAAUUUGAAAAGAUCAAUAAUAGUAGGUGUGAUAGGUUAUCCAAACGUAGGUAAAUCAUCAAUUAUAAAUGCAUUAACCAAGAGACACAACAACAAUUCGAAAGCAUGUCCAGUUGGAAAUCAAGCAGGUGUUACCACCUCAUUAAGAGAAGUUAAAAUUGACAAUAAAUUGAAAAUUUUAGAUUCGCCAGGUAUAGUAUUUCCAGAUGAAGUAACAAGUAAAAAACAAUCAAAACUGCAACAAAUGGCAAAAUUAGCAUUAUUAUCUGCUAUCCCACCAAAACAAAUAAAUGAUCCAACAACAGCCGUUCAAUUAUUGUUGAAAAAAUUCUCAAAUAAUACAGAGAUGGCCGAUGGAUUAAAAAAAUAUUAUGAACUACCACCAUUACCAUCAUCAGAUAUUAACGAAUUUACAAAACAUUUUCUUAUACAUAUAGCAAGAACAAAAGGUAGAUUAGGUAAGGGAGGAAUACCAAAUUUAGAAUCAGCAGCAAUGUCAGUAUUAAAUGAUUGGAGAGAUGGUAGAUUAAUUGGUUGGACAUUACCAAAAUCUUCAAAAGCUUCAGUUGCCAAUGAGGAAGUUGAUUUAAAUGCACCAAAAAGUUCAUUAAGAGGAGAAAAAGAACCACCAAAAGUUGAACAAACUACUAUUGUUAAUACAUGGGCAAAAGAAUUUGAUUUAGAUGGUUUAUUAGGCGAUAAUUUUGGUAUUGAAUAG